AUGAGCAGUAAGGAAUUCUUCAAGUGUGGACGCUCUGGCCACUGGGCGCGGGGAUGCCCUAGAGGAAGAGCUCGAGGGCGCGGAGCUAGAGGCCGUGGCAGAGGUUCUCAGUGCAGUUCCACCACCCUACCUGACAUCUGUUACCGCUGCGGUGAGUCUGGUCAUCAUGCUAAGAACUGUGACCAUCUCGAGGACGUCUGCUACAACUGUGAGAGAAGUGGCCACAUUGCUAAAGACUGUAUGGAGCCUAAGCGAGUGAGAGAGCAGUGCUGUUACACUUGUGGCAGGCGAGGCCAUCUGGCUCGUGAUUGUGUCCGUCAGGAAGAGCGGAAGUGCUACUGUUGCGGCGAAUAUGGCCACUUUCAGAAAGACUGCACCCAAGUCAAGUGCUACCGGUGUGGCAAGAACGGCCACGUGGCCAUCAACUGCAGCAAGACGAGUGAGGUCAAUUGCUACCGAUGUGGCGAGUCCGGACAUCUAGCCCGGGAAUGCUCCACUGAGGCUACCACUUAA